UUAUACACCGCGGUUGCCUGUCUUACCGUAGUAUAACUUCGAUGUAAGAGAAUAUUUUUUACACCAUGGGUACAAUGGUGUAGGUGAAGAAUCAUUAUUUUAACACUCUCGGUAGCUCUUGGAGCAUCGUUCAGUGUACGACGGUCGUUCAACGACCUAUCAGUUGUUCGAUUUUUGGUGACAGCAGUAGCAGUACAGUGCGCAAUCUUGCGAUUUUAGGUUAUGUGAAAGAAAAUUUUGACCCAAUUAAAAGAAAAAAUAAUCGCGAAAUUUGCCUCCAAUAAUUUGUGCUUUUAGCAAUGCGAUGGAGUAGAACAUGCAAGUUCUUUGUUGAAGAAAUUUCGAUGCCAAAAUGUCAUCACCUUCUUUGCUGUACACUGUGUUCUACGUUUUGAUUGCUGUCUGUUUUGUAUUUCCUAGCAGUGAGUUCGUAUCAGCGGGAUUUACAAUUCAAAAUCUGUUUGAAAAUGCCCUUGGAAGUGAACAUGAAAAUUUUAUUCUUUAUCAUAUUCGCAGAACAGUUGUAACAAUACUAAUUCACUCCCUCCUUCCUUUUGGAUAUCUUUUUGGCCUGUGCUUCCUUGGAUUUGCAGAUCCUUGGUCAAUAUUCAGCAAUGCAGGGUACUUGUGGACUUUAUUUGUAAUUGUUUCAAUCGUUAUUCCUGUAGUAACUCUCAUUGCAAUGUAUUUGUGGUGGAAAGAAAAUUGGAGAAGACAUCCUAUUGUGAAAACUCUUAAAUUGUAUGCAAAUGGUAAUGACAGUUGGGAAGUAGUUGCUUCAGAUAUAAACAUUGAGUUUAGAAGAAUAGAUAAAUUUUGUGUGAAUACUAAUUCUGUAGUCAAAGUUAUUGCAACUGAUAACUGGGUUUUGAAGGUUUCUCCAUACACUGUUCAGUGCGCUCACCAAAGUGAUUCAGCAUUAGUGCUCAUCAGCAGUGACACUCAUCAUUUGACACCAUCAGGACCAGGCACUGUACAGUACCUGAAUAUUGAAGUGAAACCAACUAGAGCUGGUGUUAAAGGAUUUACAAUAAGAUUAGACGCUUUGGACUUCCGGGACCUACAGGAUAAACUGAGUCGACCCAUUGUAGUCUUGCAAAAUGUGACGUUUCACCGUACAGUCAUUGACCGGUUUUUAGAAGCCUUUCGAGAACAAGUUGCAGAUAAUCCUGUUUAUCGAACUAAUGAGGAGCUGGAGCCUUGCAUCGGCUGUAUGCAGUGUACAGCUAAUGUUAAACUCCUCCGUACCUGUGGAGAAACAGUACUUGGAGAAGAGCCAUGCACAAAUUGUUAUUGUCGGCCUAUGUGGUGUGUUGAUUGUAUGGGCAAGUUUGCAUCCCGUCAAGAUCCUCAGCGAACAGAAACAUGGAUGUCAAUGAAAUGUACUUGUCCUUUAUGCCGUAGCCGAUUCUGUGUCUUGGACAUCUGUUUUAUUGAAUCUCAGUGAAGUGCCUUUACAAAUAGUGUUUUAUUAGAAUAAAAACAUACUUUGAAAGUCAGUGAUGAUGUAAAUUCUGUACAGUAAAGAAGUUUGCUACUUAAUUUACAAGGAAAACAUCUGAGCUUUCUUUCUUUCAUUUUUCUGCCUUCUUUUGAAGGCUUAAUGUUUUAUUUAAAAUUUAUAUAUACAAUUGUAAGUAAUACUUUUGAGUAUUACAAUGUCCUAAAUGCAAGGUAAAUGUUUAGCAAUUGCGAACAUUUAAAUGAACUUCUUAUUAAAUUAGAGCUGUGCUUUGUUUAAAAAAAAACAACAAUUUAUUGUACUCUUUUAGAAUUCAAAAGCUGAUAUACUCCAUAAAAUGUUUGACACUUCUGAGGAGGUUAAAUGCUUCUUGUUAGGAAAUGUUCAUCUGCUCUUUCAAUUAACCAGAUCCGAUUGCUUGCAAACUUUCAGAUUACAAAUUAACAUUGAAAGAGCUUUGGUAAAAGGAAUGAUGCAUAACACUUUCUUUUAAUGAUUCAUGAUACUGAUUACUUUCAGUGAAUGUUUUGAUGUGUAUUGUAAAAACCUGAAGUGCUUUUUUCAUACAUUUUUAUUUGUUUUUAAAUGGAAUUUACUAUGUGAUAAAUUAUUUAUUAGUCCAAAUGUUUUUGAUUAUCCUUCUCAGUAAGAUCCAUCACAGUGGAUUCACACAUAUCUUUUCAAUUCUAAUUUUGUAACAUGCUGCCAUACAGAAGAGAUCUAAUGUGUUAAGUAGUUGUCUUCAAACUGUAGUCCACUGAAAAUUCAUAAGAAACACUAUGAUGUCCACCAGACCCGAAUUUUGAGCAGUAAAUGUAUCAAGGAAUUAAAAAACAUUAUCAUUAUCAUCAUAUACUGCAUGAAGAAAGGUCUUAGACCUGUUCCUGGUUAUUCAGUAGAUCUGAAAAACAUGUUAUUCAGCUCCCAUGUGUUCCUGCAUGAUCCAUUUUAUUUCUAUUUCUCUGCCCCAUUGGUUUGUAUUUUAGAACAACCUUUUAGAAUUUUCUUUCUUGUGCUCUUUUAAUUCUCUCUUCUCUUCUGAUCUUUUAUCUUUCUCUGUUAUAUUUGUUAAUUUAAGGGUUUUUUCCUGAUGAGUUCGUUUCUUUGUUGGUCAGUUUAGUAUAGGAAUGUUCAACUUAUAAGACCUCAAGGGCCAAACUAAAACCUUUAAUAUGGUUGCAGGCCAUAUUUUUAUUACUCAAGCAAUCAACCCAUUAUUUCCCCGAAUUGUUAAUCUUGGCAGUUUGCUUGGCUGUUCUGAAAAUGGGGGUGGGGGUGGAACUGUAUGUAAUAUCAAUCCGUAGCAUGCAUAAUGCAGUGAAACACAUUGGGAUGAUUUUGAAUUUCUGAAUUUACUAGAAAAAUCCUUAAAUCUAAACCUAACCUAUUUUUUCAUUAAGGAGAUGUUAACCCUGGUAACAUGUCGGCGAACAAUUUUCUUGCAAAACAUUGAUGAAAGGGACUCCUCGUUUUAUCUUUCGCUUGUCACCAGUCGGACAAUCCUGGUGUAACUAAGGGGAUAUCUAAGCAAUCUCAUUUGAGCUGCUUCCAGACUUUGAUUAUUCUUCUGUUUCAGAAUCCAGAUUUCUGAGCUUUGUAAAAGCAUUGGCCUGACUGUGAUAAUCUAGAUUCUUAAUUUGGUUUUCUGUGUUUCAUUUAAAAUGUAUUUCUAUUGUAUUGCAACCACCGACUUCUGGACCCAGUUCUAUUGCCAGUUGCAACUGCUGCCUUUUGAACCCUGGGUUGGGUCGGGGGGUACCAGGAAAGGCAUAGGCAGGCUGGGCAAUCGCCCAGGACCCCGUAAGUCAAGGAAGAGGAAAACAAGUUUAAAAAGAAAAUAGAACUUGAGAAAAUCUAUAUCGUAAUUUUAUAAGUCAUGGUACAGUAGUUUUAUAUUUCAUAAAAUUUUCAAUUAUUUUUUUACCUUAAAUGGUAAAUUAUAGUUAUCUCUUAUAAGGAAGGCUUUCACAUUUGUAAUUUUUUUUGCAUGCGCGGGUGCAGGGGGUGAGACGUUUUAGCAUUGGCACUGUUGUCUAGGGAAAUGUAGGGGGGUUUACCUGGCUUCGAAAUGAUAUCAUGGGAUGUGAUGAGAGCACAUUUAUUUAUCGCAAUAGUUUGUUGCCCGCAAUGGGUGCAGACACCACUAGUUAACGUAGUCUGGAGGAGCUACAGAGGUCAAUGCCCUUUACAGCUGGGCAGCACCCUUGCGCUCGGUGGGAUGCUUGUCGGCACUGGCGCCCCCGACUGCACACUGCUGCCACCGCCUGCACUCACUGUUCAAUACAUUACUUAUGCAUUGUUGUUCCUGGUAUAUUAGUUCAUGCAGCUCGCCCCACAUCAUUACGCGAUGUCUCGAACUCUCAAAAGUGUCUAUCACUAGGAGCUAUUUUCACCUCACGUAUAUGGUCCCGAGUCUAAAACGUUCUCCCUCACGUCUGGCCCCUCCAAACCUCUAACACCUUCUCGUCCUACUCCUCCGAUUCUGAAAACUACUAACACUUUCGGCCGUGCCUCUAGCUCCUCCGAGCGUCUGAAACCUCCACUCUUCAGAGCCUUUAAAACCUCCUGCACUCCCUACUCCUCUGAGAGUCUGAAUAUCUCCAAAAAACCAACUGCUACACGUCCAGCCCUUUGAGCAUCUGAAACCUUCUGCCGUGCUUCUGUCUGUUCAUCUCUCCGAUAUUCACAUGCACUAUUCUCCCUCACCGCACAACACUCGUUGUUCUGUCUCUUCAGUGUGAUUGGUCCUCGUCUCGUAGAGUUGGUAUUAAUUGUCGAUGUAGUUACAUACAAGGUGAAUCCUGGAAAUUGGCUGGUGGAUUGCCCAGAAUAUUUUGCGUCAUACACGCCUCUUCCCACUGACGGAUCCAGGGGGGGGGGAUGCCCCUACCCCCAAAAACGCUUAGAGUUUUCGGUUACCUUCCUUUAUUUGGCAAAAUUGAUUUAAAUAUUUGUUAAUGUUUGAAUUAUGUAAUUAUUUAUCUACAGUACGUAAUAUAAAAUAGAGUGACAAAUAUGUUUAUUAUUUAACAAAAAUCUACAAUGGCCCUCUCCAAAAUGAUUAUCUGUAUCCGCUCCUGCCUCUUCCUGUACUUUCUCCUUUCAUUUGUCAUAUCCUGCAGGGGAAUUCACAGAUUCAUCUGUCAAUGUCAAUUAUGGGGAGUCCCCCCUGGAUUGAUCUAUGUCGCUGGCAGAGAAGUCCCUGGGGAUUUGUCAAAAUGGUAUGAAGGACUGUGCUCAAAGCUUGUGUGAUCAGCCGAAUGACAUGUUAGUGUGUCAAUAUUUUGUGUUGCAAGUCUUGAGAAAGUUGUGUAAUAUUGUUGCCUAAAUAUUGAUAUGUUGAUUCUGGUCUUAAAAUUUGCUUCACUGAUAAACUUCACGUCUCUUAGCUUCUUUCUUUGGAAGGCCAUUGCUUUGGUUUUCAUCAUGGCAAUUUUCAUGUUGUAAGUCUUUGCUAUUUUUUAAAUUCAUGACCUGUAGUUUCGUAUUUCCAGUUCUAUAUCUGACAAUGUUAUUUGAUCAAUAACUACAUACUCAACAACAUAAAUGCACUAUUAGUAUUAAUGCAGUGGCGGCUCCUUGUGGUAGGCAAGGCAGGCCUUGCCUACCCUGAUGAAUAUGUACUGGU